AUGCUUGAUGGGAAAGCUGUCACAGCUUCUGGCAGCUUGCCGUUUAUGAGUUCAACGCCGAUUAGUUUGGGUAGGAAACGAUCGAGAAAGGCAUCCAGUAAAGAAAGUGAUGGUUCGGAUUCUGACAAACUGGAUGAACCAAAGAAGACGAAAUUAGAAGUUAAAAAAAAAGAUGCAACAGAACUGGGAAAAACGGAGACGCAGUCAGAAGAAACGGCUGCGGCGAAAUCGAGCGGUAUCGCAUCACGGUUGCGACCGAGGCGGCAGCCAGCCGUUCCGUCUGCUCAGGUAGUUGUCAGUGAGAAACUGUCGAAGAAUCGUGCCACAUGCUCCAAGAGAUCAAUGAGCGCACCGAUCUUGCUUGCAGCAUACGAAUCUUUGGCUUCAACUACACCAAAUGUCACAUGGAGACACAAUAGCCUGAUGGUAGCACCAAUGUGCAGGUGA